UUUUAUUUGUUCUCAUCUCAGACAGAGAGAGAGAGAGGGAGAAAUCGUUGUUUUGCUCCAUUGAGGGAGAGAUCAUCGUCUUCCUCGUCUGCUCCACCUCCACCACCAACGACAUGCGGCCCAAAUGGAUAUGUUUGGAAGACUGGAAAGUAUUCACUGGAAGAGACUCUAGUGGAAAAGAAAUGCAUGUAAAUGAGUAAUAUUUAAGCAGAUCAAAUGCUAAAACGGAGUGUAUUUUACAAAAAGAAGCUACCUGCUAUCAUGGGCCGAGUGCAUAUCACUCGAUAAGGCAUUAGAAAGCAUGCCAUAUGUCUCUUACCUUAUCUUUUUCAAAAGUUAGGAAUACUUACCUUGUCUCUUAAUUACCAUAAGCAUAUGUCUCUAACCUUAUCUUUUUUCGAAAGUUAGGAAUUGUGGUAUACAGAAUUGCAGAUAUAAAUAUUGAGUCGCUUUGCUAAAAUUUGAUUACCUGGUUUUCUAAUUGAGACAUUGACAUAGCAACCCAUCCUGCACCUUCUCCAUAUUACUUCUAAGCCAUGUCUUGUGAUGAAAAAAAUUUCAGCAAAAAUUAUUUUGUGCUGAAGCCAGAUAACACUAGUUUCUAUGAUCUCGGUUGCUUUCUCUUUUCCUCUGAAUCAAAAGAUUGUGAAUUCAUUGAGUGCUCAUCAGAAGACCUUAAGGGAGGUUUUUGGAGAAGAUGGUACAUCUUCAGCUCCCUUUUUGCGCAGAAACUCCUCCUUAAGGUGGAAAACCCUAUGAAAAAAUUAGGGAAAGUGUUAGAGCAAUGGCUGAAUCUUCUUUCAAGAAACGGUGGAUUACUCAGGCUCUUCACCAAUUUCUUAACAGGAAAGAGGGAAAGAAUGCCGAAUAGGUUAUCGGCAAAGUUCACAUCUGUGGUGGGAAAUCUUGAUCCAAGAGUGGAAUUAGACAAAAGUAUCAGAUAUGGUAACACAAAAUACAAUGCUUUUCUCUCAAUUAUGGCCUCCAAAUUGUCGUAUGAAAAUGAAGAAUUCGCUAAAAUCAUAAUCAAUGAUCAUUGGAAUAUGGAAUUCUUGUACUUCGACAACUAUUGGAAUGAUUACCUGAAGGACUAUACAACUCAAGCCAUUAUGUUCCAAGAUACAAGGGUUGACCCUAACCUGAUCGUGGUUGCAUUUAGGGGCACCCACCCAUUCGACCCAAAAGCUUGGAGAGUAGAUGUGGAUCUCUCAUGGUAUGAAAUUGAAGGGGUGGGUCAGACUCAUAGUGGCUUUAUGAAAGCUCUUGGUCUUCAAAAGAGAAAAGGAUGGCCCGAACUAGGAAGUAACCAAAACAAAUAUGCUUAUUAUGAAAUCAGACAAAGGUUGAGAAAGUUAUUGCAAAAAAAUAAGAAUGCAAAAUUUAUAUUGACAGGGCACAGCUUGGGUGGGGCAUUGGCGAUUUUGUUUCUGACUGUGCUAGCAAUACAUGAAGAGGAAUGGUUGAUGGAUAAGUUGGAGGGAGUGUACACAUUUGGGCAACCAAGGGUUGGAGACUAUCAGUUGAAGGAAUAUAUGGAGAAGAAGUUGGAGCAAUAUGAUGUGAGGUAUUUUAGGUUUGUUUACUGCAAUGACAUAGUGCCUAGGGUCCCUUAUGAUGAUGAUAAUGUCUUUUUUACUCACUUUGGAACUUGCUACUACUACAAUAGCUCCUAUAAAGGAAAGGUCAUUACAGAGGAGCCGAAUAAGAACUACUUCUCAGUGCCAUGGACCAUUGUCAAAUUCAGGCUUAACGCAAUUUGGGAGCUGAACCGAAGUUUCAUUUUCCCAUAUACGAGAGGUCCAGAGUACAAAGAAAGUUGGCUAAUGAAAACGAUGAGGAUUUUUGGAUUGGUAUUUCCCGGAUUAGUAGCACAUAUGCCCCAAGAUUAUGUUAAUGCUACCCGAUUGGGAUCUUUACCUCUAGACCUCCAAAGCACAAUGCAUCAACUAGAUUCUAAGGUUAACUGACCUACACAAAUACGAAACCGAAACUGUACAUAUUAUUCACUUUUAUCACAUUAACAUUUCCAAACCCCUCUCUUCAAAUACUUCAAUCCAAAUAAACAACCAAUGUAUUUAAUGGUCACAGCUGCGAAUAUAAUCUCAAAAGGAAUAAGGUAUGCCUUCAUCAAAGGCAAUUUACUGAA